AAAAAGAACUUAAGCUUAUCACAGUCCCAAUCUUUCAACUUGCAAAUGGGGACUAUUGGAAAUACAAUCAGAUGUCAAAGUAGCUUUGCUAAGCGAAGUGGAAGUGAAUUUAUCAAUGAAUCGAAUUCAAACAGAAGUCGUCUUGAUAAUGAAAAUCAGAAGUCUUAUAAUGAAUACAGAGCAAAAGGCUUUCCAGAUUUUAUUGUCGAUAUGAAUAAUUAUACAAGUAAAGAUAGAAGAAAGAUUCCUACUAUAUUUGAAAGAAAUAUAAAAACAAGUUUGAGCAAAGACAAGAGAAUCCAAUUGGUCAAAUAACAUGAAGGACAAGAUAUUCAAUGCAAAGAGGAGGAAAAUGAAAAUAAAUAUUCAUAGAAGAGAGCAUAGGGCUCAGCUAUUCAAUGCAGAAAGUCUUAGAACUCAGACUCACCAGUACUUCCAAAACACCAUUCUAACAGUCAUGGCAAGAGAUAUUGCUUUAAAAUUUGAAUUGAGGAAAUUGACAAGAGAAAGAGUAAAUAAAAUUGGAAAAAGAAUAUGAUGGAUCACCAAAAGCAUUGGCCACUUCAAGCUGCUCCUCAAGAAAGUCAGGUGUAAAAUAGCAGCAAAUAAAAUCAAAUUCUAUGCCAAAAGGUUUGUUAGAAGAUGGAUAAUGAAGAAAGAGCAGAAAUAAUGCAAGAAUUAUUUAUGAAUUUCUCAGAUAUACAAAGAACAACGAGGGCAAAAUAGAUUUGAAAAGAAUGAAAUUCUACAACACAAUGGUCAAAGUUGAAAAAUAGGGUCAAGCAAUUUAUUUCCAGAAGGAUAUUGCGAUAUGCAAUUCUAAACAAUAGAUGGAGCACAAUAGAAGCAAAAUAUUUUAGGAAAGGCGCUCUUGGUAUCACAGACCAAUUUGGAAAUUACAAAAAUAUAGUUCCAUAUGAAGUAAGAAAAGCCUACUUUAGAGAAUAUCUCAGAUACCUCAGAAUUGAGUAUUUAAAAGAAUAUGAUAUAUGGCAAAAGUACAAACAGGACGGAACACUAAAAGAAUAUAAUGAAACAGUUGAAAAUGACGAUUUGAACUCUUUUAAGCAAAAGAAAAUCAUAAAGAAAAUGUAUAAGAUUCCAGAAAAACCGUUCGAAAAAACACUAAUUUCAAUUCAGCAAAUGAGAGAAAUUGUAAGGGAAGCUACUGACAAUGAGCAUCGAUGGGAACAGAUUGCGAAGGGUGAAUUUGAUACUGCUAUCCUCAAAAAGAUGAAAAGCAUCAAGUAUAGUUUCCCAGAUAAAUAA